UACUUCCCGCUCUUUUGAGGAUUGGUAGGUACACCGCCUACGCCACUACGGCGCCUGUCACCGCUUCUCAUCAGGCACGAGGCCGUCCCGGCGAGGGCCUGUGUCUCGCCUCCCUGGAUGUAUAAACACACAACUUCUGCUCUCUAACCUACAGCUCAACUCAACCUUAUCUCAACCUCUGACAACCCGCUUCUACAAUCUUACACUUUCUUCUCUCACAUCACAUCUACAUCUUCUGAGAUUCAACAUGCACUUCUACACCAUCCUAGCCUUCGUCACCGCCGCGACCGCCGUGGCAUUCUCCAACCCCAAGGCCCCCCAGCCUGGCCUCGAGCUGCCUCCCAACUUCCUCGCCGAGUACAAGGGAUUCUUCGGAGGCAAGGACCUCACCACCUCCGCAGACGACGCCUUUCCCCUCGACCCUCAAGUCACCGACAUCGAGGCCAUCGUCGCGGCCACCUACGCUGCCACUGUCACCUCCAACGGCAUGGCCCCCGGCUGCGGCACCAUCCAGCAAUCCGACGGCAACGCCUUCCCUCUCGUUGGCGACUUCACCUGCCGCGAGCACCUUCGCGUUAUUGAUGGGGCGGUCGUCAUUCGUCAUGGUUGCACAUGCCUCUUCUUCAAGGGGUAAGUAUUAUGCCUUCUAUUAACCUUUCUCUUUCCCCUUGG